CAAUACGUUUGUUGUAACUGGUUAAAGCAACCUCUUGCUACCAGCGGUUACAGCAACCGGUUGCUGUGUCCGUUUACAACCGUUGCAGCAACGGUUGCUGUAACUGCUUACAGCAACCGUCUGUUGCAACUGGUCUUAGCAAACGGGCGAUGUAAGCACUUACAGCAAAUGGUUGCUGUGACCUGCUUGUGGGACUACAACCGUAGAUGCAGUGUCUCUAACUGUUGUCUUUCCCGUCGUGUCCGUCCUUGCAGCAACCGGUCACUCAUCAGCUUCAACGUCUUCGACAGUCCCGCAUCCACGUGCGUCAUGGCCUGUUCAAGCAAGGCCAGCUCAAGUAAGGCCACCACCGCGGCCAAAGGCAAGUCCCAGUCCAAGCACCUCGUGUUCGUGGCCCAGCCGGAGGAAAGACAGAAAAGUUUGCAGAACGAGAAGACCGUGUACACGUGGAUUGAGCAAGGGCAGGAGGCGGACCCAAAAGAGUAUGGGCAGUACAGGGUGAGGUGUAGGCUGUGCAACCAGUUGUUCAUAACAUCGAAGUCACGUGCAGUGCAACAUUUCCUGAAGAAGAGAGCAGCAUGUCCUUACCGCACGGGGGAGAUUCUCCAUCUGUUGGCGUUGGAUGGAGCUAACGUUAAAGAAGGGGGUGCAACAGCUCAGACAAUGCUGCAUAAGUACAGAAUGGACAAUGGCAUCGGCGAGGAUUGCGGCUUGGAAGCGGACCCAUUGCGUCAGGCAGCAACGGAGCUGGAGGAGCAUAUUGUCCCACCUCUUGCACCAGGGAGGGAGUCUGUUGUAAACAUUGACACCACCCAAGAGGUUGAGCCUUCCGAACCAGAUGUGGUGGUGGGAGAUGAGACGGCCCCUGGUCCGGCGGGUGUGCCAUUCAACUUCAUCCGGUUGGACAAGACGAAGGAGCUUCGUGAGGUGUACAUGGAGUUGGCGGCCCGUAAUGCACGAAUGGACUUGCCUGCCUUUGAAACCAUCCGGACAGUGGCUUUGAAUAUUGUGUAUGACAAUGUUCGGGCAGAGGUGCGGCUGCUUAUGGACAAGUGGGACAUCAGAGGUUGCACUCUCAUCACUGAUUGGACCCAAGACAAGAAAUCGAGGGUUGUGUUGAACUUUGUAGCGGCUGGAGAGAGCGGGGCUGUGCUCAUCAAGGUUGUGGAUGUCUCUGAUGGGAAGAAAAACGUGAGAGCGUUGGCAAAGUUAUGGGAAGAGGUGAUAAGGGAGAUCGGUGUUCCUAGGGUCAAUGCAAUCUGCACUGACAAUGCAUCAACGAACAAGAAGGUGCUUGUCAUGCCAACGGAGGUCAGAUUUGUGUUUGUUUACCAGAUGUUGAUCCGUAUAUGGGACAGGAGACAUGUGCUGAAGCGCAUGAUGGACAACGGCUGGUUGGACAUCUACUGGAGCAGCCGGAAAGACAGGGAGGAUGCAGAGGAUAUCUUCGCUCAUGUGAGAUGUGACAUCUGGUGGCAAAAGGUGGACACCAUUCUCUCCAUCAUGAAACCCAUAUACGACCUGCUGCGAAUGAUGGACAGUGAUGGGGUGGCACCUUCACAGCUGUGGGGCUUCGACGACCUCCUCAGCAAGCGGAUGCGGACCAUGUCAGCAAACUUCUUGUUGUCACCUGCGCGGAGGGACCCCAGAUGGUUGCUGAACAAGGACUCCCCACUCGUCCACAACGCAUUGAAGUUCUUCUUGACACAGUUGGGCGGGAACUCUUGGGGCGAUUUGGACUCUCACGAGGAAGUGUGGAACAGCCUGUGGACAUUUCAUUGCCAACCACUAAAGGAGAAGAUAAAGGAUGAGGACUUGUGCAAUCGGUUCGCUAUUGCCGACGCAUAUUUGGAGAGGAAGACAGCAUCUCAAUGGUGGGGCUUAUACGGGUCAAAGCACAUCGAAUUGCAGAAAAUCGCAAUGCGGGUGAUGGCAAUGUGGAGCACGGCAACGCCAUGCGAAAGGAAUUGGUCGUCUUUGGACUUGGUCCACUCCAAACGGCGGAACAACUUGUCCAGUGAAAGUGUAGCCAAGUUGGUCUACAUUCACUGGAACAUGCAGUUGUUGCGGGUUCCUAGGAGCACGACUGACGGGCUCAUUGAUCUGUGGGCAACCUUCUUCGACGAGCCUGAGGCACCUCCGGUGGCGAACGAUGUAGCCAAGGAUCGUCGUGAAGUGGACAAGGAGGAGGAGGCGGCGAGGGUUGCACGCCUGAAAAAAAUUCCGAAAGGGAGGCUUCCUGCUGGCUUGUUGAGCGAUGAUUCUGGGAGCAGUGACAACGAGGACUCGUUAUGGUGUGACAAGGCGGACAACAGGGUGCAUCGAGCACGAGGUGGAAAGGGGAAAGGGAAGGCCGCUGUGGUUGAAGACGAGGAGGACGAGUGGGAUGAUGAUGAUGAUGAUGAUGACACCGACUCGGAUUUCGAAAUUCGUCCAUGCACGGGCUGCACGGACUCUGACACGGACGGAGGACGGACCGACUUGUGGGACGUGCCCGAAGCAACGAGUCACUUGGACAAUGACGAUGACCUCAUCGUUGAGGACAGUGAGGCACGUGAUCGCAGGGUCAGAGCGGAAGCACAAUCUCUGGCGGACAGGGAUCGUGUAAUGGUGCAACAGCGUAUGGCAGAGGAAAACUCACGUCGACUAGCAGUCCCCGCACACCUCAGAACCGUGGAGGGGCAUGUGCAGCAACAGGCCGAGCAACGACCACAGGAGCCGGUGCAGCAGCUGGUGGAGCAGAAUCCGCAGCGGGUGGUGCGGCAGCAGCAGGAGCAGCGCCCGCAGUAGAAGCAGCAGAAGCAGCAUGAGGCGGAGCCAGGGCGGCAGCAAGUGGAGC